GAGUCAACAUUUCUAGGCCUGUGUUUUCCCUUUCAUAUAUUUUUCCUUGAAGGCCCUCCAUUUGGCGGUGAGGAGGAGGCCCCCCAAAAAGCCCCCCAGUAAAGGCGGGGAGAAGAAGGAGGCGACGGAAGAAGGCCUGGCGGAGAGGGAGGGAUCAGGGAAGAGGGAGGCGCUGACUGAGCGGCUCGGGGGCCUAGUAGUCGAGGAGGAGGAGGCCAUGGAGGAGGGCGGCCUCUCCCUGCACGGCUUCAGCGGGCGCCUGGCGGAGCAGCUGGUCCACUUCCACGCCAUGCGCCUCCGGGACUCGCUCUUCCUCUGGGUCGGGGACCGGGCCCACCUCGGCAACCUCGCCGUGGCCAUGUGCACCCCGCGCGACUCCAUUCCAGCAUCUACCUUACUCUUUGGCGAUGCAUCUGACAGUACCUCCAGUUCUUUAGCUCAAAGAUUAGCCAGCAAGACUAAAAAACAGAUUUUUGUCAGCUAUAACAUUCAGAACACGGACAGCAGCUUUAUUCUACUUGUAGAAAACCGAAUCAAGGAAGAAAUGGCAGCUUUUCCAGACAAGUUUUAGCAUGGUGUCAUUGUAGUAUAUGUGUUUUGUUUGUAUGUCUUUUGUUUCCCAAUUUAUUUUUACAUAAAUUACCCGUUUUUAUGUUC